AUGGAAAGUUUGGAAAAAGCGAAGAAAAGGAGAAAAAUAUUCCGGACGAGUGUCACGAAGACCGCAAAUAAAGUAAAAGAAUUGGUAGAGGACAGCGAGUCUAUCGAAGAGGGAACAUUGGAAUAUUUAAAAGCCGAGCUUAAAGAGAAACAAACGGAGAUAAAAAAGAGUGAUGAAGAAAUUUUGGAAUUGCUUUUAGAGUAUGUUGAAGAGGAAGAGCAAUUGGAUAAAGAAAUGGACGAAGUUGGGGAAUACAAGAUUUUGAAUGCUAUUUAUUCGAUAAACUGCCUUUUGAAUACCAAAGAAGAACCAAAGAACAGCAUCGCGAGGAGUGUAUCGAAGGACAGUUUAAAUUCGGAAGUAUCAAGUUUGUCCCCAAGUUCGAGAAAUGUCACAAGAAAAACCGUUGUGAAACUGCCUAAAUUGGAAUUACAGAAAUUCACGGGGAAAAUACACGAGUGGCCGGAAUUCUGGGAUGGUUUUCAAAGUGUACACAAGAAUCCAGAUUUGGCAGCGUGUGAUAAGUUUAAAUAUUUGAAGAGUUUUUUAGAAGAAUCUGCUUGA